CUCAGCCGGGGCGGUCACGUGAUCGGGGCGGGGCGGGGCGAGCGCAGGUGACCAUGAAACUCAUCAUUCUGGAAAACUAUGGACAGACCAGCGAGUGGGCUGCAAAGUUCAUUAGGAAUCGAAUUGUUCAGUUUAGCCCUGGUCCAGACAAAUACUUCACUCUUGGACUUCCCACAGGAAGCACCCCAUUAGGGUGCUACAAAAAGCUGAUUGAAUAUUACAAGAAUGGAGACCUGUCCUUCAAGUAUGUGAAAACCUUUAAUAUGGAUGAAUAUGUAGGUCUUCCAAGGGAUCACCCAGAAAGUUAUCACUCCUUUAUGUGGAAUAACUUUUUCAAGCAUAUUGACAUCUCUCCAGAAAACACCCACAUCCUGGAUGGAAACGCAGCUGACCUACAAGCAGAGUGUGAUGCUUUUGAGGGAAAAAUUAAAGCAGCUGGAGGGAUCAAACUGUUUAUUGGAGGUAUUGGCCCAGAUGGCCAUAUUGCCUUCAAUGAGCCUGGCUCGAGUCUGGUAUCCAGGACCAGAGUGAAGACACUGGCUAUGGACACUAUAUUGGCUAAUGCAAGAUUUUUUGAUGGAGACCUUUCCAAAGUCCCCACAAUGGCUCUGACAGUUGGAGUAGGCACAGUCAUGGAUGCCAAAGAGGUGAUGAUUCUGAUCACGGGAGCCCAUAAAGCCUUUGCUCUCUACAAAGCCAUUGAGGAGGGGGUGAACCACAUGUGGACAGUCUCAGCCUUUCAGCAGCAUCCCAACACUGUCUUUGUGUGUGAUGAGGAUGCUACGCUAGAACUCAAAGUUAAAACAGUGAAAUACUUCAAAGGUUUAAUGCUUGUUCAUAACAAACUAGUGGAGCCCCUAUAUAGUAUGAAGGAGACGGGAGCAGAAAGAAGCCAGUCUAAGAAGCCAUACAGUGAUUAAUUUCUUGUGAUCCAGGGCACACCAACAGGCUCUUCUCUGGGACACCAGCUGUGGGGCAGGAGGAGUUGCUACACACAUUUGUGUUGGCUCUUAAAUUAACCAAAAAAAAGGUGUACUUGCUUUUCUCCAUCUUCUGCCAGGCAGAUGGAUGCUGACUAUAUGGCAUUACUUAAGCACAUGACUGGCCCCUCUGUAUUGCGUACUAGCAACUUCCAAUACUAACUUAAUUCUCUAAUGAGAGAGUCAGUUGUGAACAAGGUAUUAAUCUAUAUAGCAACUAAAUAGGGCAUCUCUAAUAUCAAAUAUGAAGAUAUGCAAAAAGCUGAUUAUGUAAAUUAGUCUAUCACUGCCUCUUUUUUUUUAAAAUUCUCCCAUAAUGCUUCUUCCUGACCUCAGUGAAUUUGUACUGGCCCCUGCUGGAGGCUGCCAGUAAGUAACCUUCCUCGAAACAUGCACCUGUUAGUUUGUACUGAUAAGUCCUACUCCUGGGAGGGACUGGACACUUUGGGUUUCCUUUUUUCCUCAGUAAAGCAAAAACCCUGACAAUCUGGCUCUCAAAUUGUCUUGCUAAGUAGUAGCUACUGAAUAGGUAAACAAUAACUUACAUCUGUAACAACUACUACUGUUUUAUGCGUAGAGCUUAAAACACACAAACACUAAAUCCCAACAUUAUAAUAUCCCAAGGGUUAUUUUGCUGUUUUAUGAUAGCUUAGAAAUGUUUAUAUUUAAAAAGGGAUUGGACAUUUUCUAAGGAAAGGCAUAGCAGUAGCUAUUGAGCAUGCUGGUUAAGGAUAUAGCCCCUGAAUUAGGACUCCCUAUACCUUUUUAAAUGCUGGGAGUUGCAAGUGGGAAAGGAACAGUGGGAGGGAAAAACCCCAGUCAUACCCACUUCACUCUUCCUUUCUGCAUCCAUUCUUUGCCACUGUGUGCCAUAGGAUACUGGGUAAGUUGGAACCAGUCUGAGCCAGUAAAUGGCAAUGCUUACAUGUAUGUAUGGUGUUGUCCUUCCUCCACGUUGCUUAAUAGUCAGGUAUGUAAGUGUGGGGCCUGAGACCAGACAUUGCCUCUUCCCUUUCCUUACAUCAUGUUGGCAUAUCCUGUUGUCCUCACGUGGAAAACUCUACAGCCAGCAAACCCAACUCGUUAACACCCCAGCCACACUUGAUGAUAAGCAGACCUCAAUCAAGACUUCAUGUUGUGGAUCAGAACCAGGAAUAAAGUUCUGUUACCUUUUUUUUGUAGCUUGUACCAAACCACUGUAGGGAAAAGUUGGUGGCAAGACUUUUCUUGAGCAAUAUAUAUUUUGUUUACAUUGAAAUUCAUGAACUUUUCAUUCAAAAUGUAACUUUCUACAUUAAAUCUAGUAUUUUUUCCAAAUAAACAGUGUCAUCUUGACUAUUCACAACUUUUAA